AUGGAGAGCCUGCUGGAUAAUCCAAUGAAAGCCGUUCUCUACCUGAAGGAGCUCACCACCAUCGUCCAGAACCAGCAAAGCCUGAUCCAGACGCAGCGCCAACGCAUCGACGAACUCGAGCGAAAAGUGGAGGACCUGAUCGGGGAGAAUCGACUGUUGCGGGACCCCCAUCACUACGUCCAGCAGCCCGCUCAGCAUCACCACCACCACCACCACCACCCGACGCACCGCAGCGCAAGUCCCCAGGCGCCGGCCCACCUCCAUCAGCACCCGGGGAGCAACAAAGCAGCGGCUCACGUCGGCCAGCAGGCGCAGCAGCAGCAGCCGCCGCCGCUGCCGCCGCAGCUACAGCAGCAGCAGCAGCAGCAGCAGCAGCAGCCGCAGCAGAUCCCCGGUCUGUCGGCCCACCCUCAGCAGCACCCGACCCCUCCUGCGCCGUCCACCCACCACCCGCAGCAGCUGCAGCUCGUCCCCACCUCGCCGCAGUCGCCUAAAACGAGCCAAGCCAGCCCGGACUCCGCGGAGGAGGACAAGAGGAGCCCCUGCUGCAAGUCCUUGGUUCCGCAGACUCCCACCGCUCUCUGCCGCUCAGUUGGACUGGCCAGGAAAGCGGAAAACCAAACAGUGCUACACCAGUUCUGCUGCCCGGCCCCAGAGGCCCCGGAGGGGGAGACAUCAACUGCCUGUGUCCCCAGCGAUGACCUUUCACCAGUCUCAUCUAUGGGGGAGGAAGGGAAGGGAGGAGAGGGGGAGCUGCAGAGUGAGGCCCAGUCACAGCCACAGCCAGAACCACAGCCCCACAAACAGCAGCAAGAGACUCAGCCACAGACUCAACCACCACAUCCCCAGUCUGAGCCCCAACCGCAGACUCAACCUCAGCCCAGGCCCGAAAGCAAACCUCAGCCAGAACCCGAACCCAAACCACAGCCUGCACCGGAGCCCGAGCCUCAGCCCCAAGUCGAGGCUCGGUGUGAGGAAGCAGCACGGGACGCCUCUAAAGCCCCUUCGCCUUGCAGAGAGGAGCAGACAGACGGGGAGCAAGAGAAUCAAAGGUCGGAAGAAGUUGUGGAGGCAAAGAGAAAGCAAGAGGGAGGGGAGGACGAGCGGCGUGAGGGCGAAGCAGCUCAGGAGGAAGAGGAGGAGGAGGAAGAAGGGGGAGGAGCUAAAGGAGGUGGGGCGGGGAGGAGAGCCAGCCUGCACCACACGGCCUCGCCCUUGAGGGUGCAGCGCAACGGGGCCGGCUCGCACUCCGCCACCUCGGACUAUGAGCUCUCGCUUGACCUCAAAAAUAAGCAGAUCGAAAUGUUAGAGCACAAAUACGGUGGCCACCUUAUCUCCCGCCGUGCCGCCUGCAAGAUCCAGACUGCAUUCCGCCAGUACCAGCUCAGCAAAAACUUCGAGAAAAUCCGCAAUUCACUGCUGGAGAGUCGCCUGCCUCGACGUAUCUCCCUCCGCAAGGUCCGUGUGCAAAACACGGAGGGUUUCUCUGCUGAACGGGCCCUGGCAGAAGGCUGUAACUUGGCAGGCAUUCCAUUGGUGCGCUCACCAUCUCUGCCUGCCACAGUUGGUGGCACCCUGACCGACCUGGAAGACUCAUUCACCGAACAGGUCCAGUCACUGGCAAAGUCAAUUGACGAUGCACUCAGCAACUGGAGCCUGAAGACCAUGUGUUCACUGCAAGAAGGUGGCACUUAUCAGUUCAGUGCUGACUCCUUCAGUGCAGCGGCGGCAGCUGCUGCAGGAGUGGGAGGUGGGGGAGAAGGAGGUGGUGUGGGAGAGUCAACAAUUCAUCAAGGCCCGGUGGACCCAAGUGACCUGUCAAGAAGCGCAAGCAAGCUGAUGAUGGCAUUUCGAGAUGUGACGGUGCAGAUCGACAGCCAGAACUUCUGUGUUUCAUCCUCAGUCAUGGAAUCGUCCACUUCUGUCACACUUGGCAGCUGCAUUCAACAAGACAGAGCCUCCACUACUGUCACGACUACUUCCACAACAACAAACUCCACACCAGUCUCUGUCCUACCUGGCCCCUCACAAGAACCCCCUCCUCCCCCUGCAGAGGUCCCAGCUGAACCCAUAGAUCCCCCACCGCCCCCCCAAGAACCCCCACCCCCCCCAGAAUCAGAGAUAGAAGGAGACGAGCUGGAUGUUGAAUUCCCUGCUCCUCCUCCUAGUGAAGAAGAGCUGGGGGAGGAGGAGCAACUUCCCUUAACCCCUCUGGAAAAGAUGGCUGCCUCUCAAAGCCCAGAGAAGAUUGUGGUGGUGGCCCCACCACCCACAGAACCCCCUCAAGCCCCUCCACCACAGGAGGCUGUACCGUUGGGGAGCUCUUCCGUGGUAGAGCCCCUGGGAGUUAAAAGAUGUGGCUCCGAGACGGCAGAUAACAGCUCGGAGCAGAUGAGCAGCAGCAGCACGUCCACGGAGGCACGCUCGACAUCUGAAGCCUCGUCCAAGGAGGCACUGCAGGCUAUGAUCCUCAGUUUGCCACGCUACCACUGUGAGAACCCUGCCAGCUGUAAAUCACCCACGUUGUCCACUGAUGUCAUGCGAAAACGCCUCUACCGCAUCGGCCUCAACCUCUUCAAUGUAAACCCUGACAAGGGCCUUCAGUUCCUGAUCUCGCGAGGCUUCAUCCCAGACACACCCAUCGGCGUGGCCCACUUCCUGCUGCAGAGGAAGGGACUGAGCCGACAGAUGAUUGGAGAGUUCCUCGGCAACAGCAAGAAGCCCUUCAACAGAGACGUACUGGACUGUGUGGUGGAUGAGAUGGACUUCUCAGGCAUGGAGCUGGACGAAGCACUGAGAAAGUUUCAGGCCCACAUUCGUGUCCAGGGAGAAGCCCAGAAGGUGGAACGUCUUAUCGAGGCCUUCAGCCAGCGCUACUGCAUGUGUAACCCCGACGUGGUGCAGCAGUUUCACAACCCGGACACCAUCUUCAUCCUGGCCUUCGCCAUCAUUCUGCUCAACACCGACAUGUACAGUCCAAACAUCAAGCCCGACCGCAAGAUGUUGUUGGAGGACUUCAUACGCAAUCUAAGAGGUGUGGAUGAUGGAGCCGAUAUCCCAAGAGACAUGGUGGUGGGAAUCUACGAAAGAAUACAACAGAGGGAGUUGCGCUCCAACGAAGACCACGUCACCUAUGUGUCCAAGGUGGAGCAGUCUAUUGUAGGCAUGAAAACGGUUCUCUCUGUCCCUCACAGAAGAUUGGUGUGCUGUAGUCGACUUUUUGAGGUGACAGACGUCAACAAGGCCCAAAAACAAGCAGCACACCAGAGAGAAGUCUUCCUCUUUAAUGAUCUAAUUGUGAUCUUGAAGCUUUGUCCAAAGAAGAAGAGCUCUGCAGCCUACACUUUCUGCAAGGCUAUGGGCCUACUUGGCAUGCAGUUCCACCUGUUUGAAAAUGAAUACUACCCUCAUGGCAUCACCAUCCUCUCGCCUUUUGGCUCAGACAAGAAGCAGGUACUUAACUUCUGCGCUCAAAGUGCUGAGGAGCUGCUGAAGUUUGUAGAAGACCUGAAGGAAUCAAUCGCAGAGGUGUCAGAGAUGGAGCAGAUACGCAUUGAAUGGGAGCUGGAAAAGCAGCAGGGAGCCAAGACACACUCAGUAAAGAAUAACGGCACACAGCUAGAGCUACGUGGCAAACAGGGCUCCCCAUCAGGAAACCAGGAGGUAGAUGACAGAAGUGGACACAAUGCAGUAGAGGUGUCAAUUCACAACAGGCUUCAGACGUACCAGCUCAGCAGCAGCACGGCUCGGAGUCCCGAGAGCGUGGCCCUUCUUAACCACCGGGGGGAGCUGCUUUUCCAGCAGGGGCCCCAGGGGCUAAUCCAGGGGCCGGCGCCUCCACCUCAACACCCGCAGCUGCAGUCAGCGGCGAGCACCCCCGCCCACCACCUCCACCUCCAAGAGCACCACCAGCCCGCUGUCAGCAUGGCUGAUCUGCGGCCCGAGACACUCAUCCAGUGUCAACAGAUCGUCAAGGUCAUCAUGCUCGACAACAGCGGCCACGGACGCAUGGAGGCCUUCCUCAGCCACACGCCCACACACCACCACUACCAGCAUCACCACCACAGCCACCACCAGCUCAGUCAGUCGGCCAUGUCCACCCCUGUGCGCUCCCCGGACGGCUCCCACGGCAGCGAAGGCCACCAGCCCCCACUGCCUCCCCCACCUCCACCUUAUAACCACCCGCACCAGUAUAUACCCCCAGAUCCCCGUCUCAGUCUACACCGGACCCCAAGUGGCUCUCGGAGCAUGGUGUAA